AAACAGAUGUGUUAUGUGUUUGGUCACGUGCCUAAAUUUAAAAGAAGCAGAACCAAAAGUUACAAAAUGUUCAACUCGAGUGAGAACCUACGAGGGACCGUCUCGAAUAUUAAUGCGCCCAUUUCUUGUACUCGUGUGGUGGCAGUAACAACAACCCGGCUACAGCCUACAGUUCCUGAAGCAACACAAGAAGCAAUGGAAGUAAAACAACGCUGUGUAGAUAAACAAACACAGUUCGUUAUUAAGUAUAGUUCAUACGAGGAGGUCAAAGAAGCAAUACAUGAGUUUGAAAAGGCUACUCAAACAAAAUAUAUAUUUUUUAGAAAAGAUAAACAUGAUCCGAAAAAGAACCAUGUGCAGUGGGACCAAGAAACUGUUCCAUACGUUGUGAAGUCGUUUACAAAAUAUGAAUGCGAAUAUGGAAAAGAUAGAAAUAGAUUAAGAAAUUUAAAGAGAAGAGCAAACACUCCACAUCCAACAUUAGAUGUGCCACAAACAAAAUACCUUCGAGUAUUGGGUUCUAAAAAAAGGGAUUGUCCAGCAAGGUUAACUGUAAGAGAGAUUAGGGCUUUUCCAGAUUAUGAGAUUGCAUCUCCUGAUAAAACUGUUAAAAUGAGAGUUUCUACAUAUUUGAAAAAAACUGGUUUGUCAGCAGUUCAAAAUCAAACUACUUACUACUUUGUUAAAUUUCCUUUGCUUGACGAACACCAUGGACACGUGAUCGAACAGUCCUCAGGUUUUGCAGAAGAGUUGGAUAGCAGGGUGUUUGAUCAAUUGGGUGUAUUAAUGAGCAAUCGUAUCCCACAAAAAAAUUUGUUUAAAGAACUAAAGUUGUUUGUUAUGAAUGAAUUGUUCAAGGAUAGAGAACCACCUAUGCCAAAUGACAGACGCUUUUUCCCGACAAAACAAGGUUUUCGUGAAAACUACUUGCGUAUUAAACAAAAUCUAGCAGUUGCAAAGGUUGAUGACAUGCCAUCUACAUCUCAAAAUAUAAUACAAAAUACUGAUUCAGUUUAUGUUACUCUCGACCAAGAAAUUGUUUGUUCAUUUCAAGAUGAUGUUCGUUAUACAUGUGUGCCAGAGAUUCAAGAUGUAACCACUGAUGUAUGCCAACAAGUCCAACCUGUUGCUUAUACCACUAAUAGUAGCCAGCACUGCAAUACUGAGGAAAAUUGCUCAAAGCGUGCUGUAAAUGAAAUGAUUGAAAUUGUGGACAAUAUAAAAGACGUUUUAUGUGAUAUUCAAUCUGAACAAACCAUUCAAAAAGCAAACAUGGUGUUGCGUAAUACUUUAGAAAAUUUAAAAACGCUUUGUUUGAAUAAUGAUACAAAAAUUGAUGAAUCUUGUCAUUCUAGGAAAGUAAGGAAACGCAAGAGAAAAAUUUCGACAAAACUUAGCUUGUGCUGAGUAACACCAAAUUAACUUUUAAAAAAUAAGAAUUCGUUUCUUUGUGUAUUCAUUUCUUUAUUAUGAUUACAUUGUGGUUCUGUUAAUUAUCAACGCGUUUUGCAGG